AAAUUCCAAUCAUCUUCUAAUCGCAGAAUUAAACGCAAGUUAAAUCAAAUCAUAAAUAAUAAACCAUUCUUUUCAUUUCUUCAAUUCAAUCACCAUUCCUUCAAUCUCAGUGAACCCUAAUCUAAUCUAACCUAAUUGAAUUGCAUUGCGUCUUUUUUUCUCUGAAAUUCUUGAAGAAUUUCAACCACGCACGAAUUCGUCUCGAACGAGACUCCAUGCCACCGCGGUUCUUCCUCAUUGCCCUCUCAACAGAGGACUCUUUCGUUUUCGCUACAAAAUUCGUUGAUUCUUUUCACUCUAACGAUUCUUUCUUGCAAUUCAUCAAUAAUGCCUACUGAUUCUCAUUCUCCUAAUCUAUAUCACAGAGGUGUUCUUUGCAAUGCCGGUGCUGGUGCUGCCGCUGGGGUUAUUGCUGCCACCUUUGUAUGUCCUUUAGAUGUAAUCAAAACUAGGUUUCAGGUUGGGACUCAGCAUGCUAAUAGAAGUGUUAGAGGUAGUCUUAUAGUUGGUAGUUUGGAGCAAAUAUAUCAUAAGGAGGGGUUGCGAGGAUUGUACCGCGGGCUAUCCCCAACUGUUAUGGUCUUACUUCCAAACUGGGCUGUCUAUUUUACUGUGUACGAGCAGCUCAAGAAGCUGCUUUCUGAUGAUGAAAACCACCACCUUUCAGUUGGAGCUAAUAUGGUAGCUGCUUCAGGUGCUGGAGCUGCAACUACAUUGGUUACAAAUCCAUUUUGGGUUGUCAAGACAAGACUCCAAACCCAGGGAAUGAGAUCCGGUGUCCUGCCGUAUAGAAGUACCCUAUCUGCUUUGAAGAAAAUAGCUCACGAGGAGGGCAUUCGUGGGAUGUACAGCGGCCUUGUGCCUGCUCUGGCUGGUAUCAGUCAUGUUGCCAUCCAGUUUCCAAUAUAUGAGAAAAUAAAAUGUUAUUUAGCAAAUCGAGAUAACACAACAGUGGAUAAACUCGGUGCACGGGAUGUGGCAAUUGCCUCAUCAAUUUCCAAAUUUUUUGCAUCUACAUUGACAUAUCCUCAUGAGGUUGUUCGAUCAAGACUGCAAGAACAAGGACCUUACUCAGAAAAGCGGUACUCUGGUAUGAGCGACUGCAUUAGAAAGGUAUUUCAACAAGAGGGACUCCCUGGUUUUUACCGAGGAUGUGCCACCAACCUCCUGAGGACAACCCCAGCUGCUGUAAUCACAUUCACCAGUUUUGAAAUGAUACACCGUUUUCUAGUUUCACUUUCCCCUUCUGACCCAGAGCUGCAUAAUUUGUAAAGAUGAGCCUUGUUCAAAAAAGUUAGUUCAGUUGACAAAUAUUCUUUUGAUGAUUAAAUUAAAAUAUCAUUCUUUGUGAUUUUUGCCCUCCUCAAAUCGCACCUGUGCAAAUUAACCGACUUUGUAGGCCGACAGAGGUCUUAUUAUAAAUUUUGUGAAGUGAUAAUGAUGAAAAGUUAAGAUAAAA